AUGGACUCGCUCAAGAGCAUGUUCUUCCGCAGCGGCGACGCGACCCAACCCAAGGCUGUCAAGUGGCUCGGCAUGGGUGGACCUACAGCUGGCAAGAGCGACCAGAUGUUUAUCAGCGCCGAAGCUGCUGAGCAAGUGUUUAAUCCUCUCGGCGAGACGCUCGUCAACCUCAUUUCGAUCUUUGGAGCAGCCAGACAGGGCAAGUCGUUCCUCAUGAACCUGCUGGCUGAUCAGCAAGAUCUGUUCAAGAUCUCGAACUUGCGCGAGCCGUGCACGCAAGGCGUGGAUCUAUCUGGCCAUUUGGUCCCGCUCAGCAGUUUCAGUGGCUUCAAUGGCUGCCCGCCUGUGGCCUCGAGAGCCGGCAAGGAUAUUCGCAUUGGCUUUGUCGAUGCGGAAGGUCAGGGAGAUCGAGACAUUACGUAUGACUCGAGACUCGUGUCGCCCGUGCUACUGGCGUCCAAAGUGGUGAUUUUCAAUUGGAAAGACAGUCUCCAAGCAGACCGCAUGUUAAACUUGCUUGCCGUGCUGGCACGCGCAGCCCAGGGCAUUGAGCUGGCGGACGGAGCCAACACGAAAGUGUUUGGACAUUUGCAUUUAGUGUUUCGAGACUGGAGCUUUGUGGGCUCGACGCCAGAGGAAGUGUAUCGAGACUUGUUUCAGAAAGAGAAGGGGCGGAGUGAAGAAGUGAACGUGCGAAACCUGGCCCGCGUGAACCUGAUUGAAGCCUUCGAGUCGAUCAAUAUAUGGCUGUUUCCAGCGCCUGUGGCCAACACAGCCAAUCUGAAAGACAAGAUCCGCUUUGAUAUGCUGCAGAAGCCGUUCCAGGACAAGCUUCGUGAGCUGCGCAAAUGUCUGUCGAGUCAGCUGCAGCACCCUAUGAAGUUUUACCAGCGUCCGUUGACGGCAAAGUAUCUCAUGCAGAUUAUGCCGGCGCUAGUAGAUACAUUGAACAGUGACCAAGUGAUCAUGCCCGAGUCGAUUUAUUCAUCUAUGGUACGUGCAGAGGCUCAAGCAGCAAAGCAAAGCUGCGAGAAGGAGAUUUCAGCGUAUUGCGAAGCUGCAGGGCUGGAAGAAGUGGUAGCGAGUGAUGAGUUUGACAAGAUGCUGCACACAGAUGUCAAAAUGAUUAUUUUGGAAGCCUACGAAAAAAUGAACAGCUUUCCGACUGCAGUGCGCAAGGAGAUCCAGGCUUCUCUUCAUGCGUUUGCCGAGAAAGAAAUUACGAUCGCACUCCACGCGAACAGCGAGAAGAUCACACAGCUUGUUGCCACAAAAGUUGAUGCUGCUUUUCAAUCGUUGAAAAGGGAGUGCCAGGUUAUUGAAAAGACUCAACUUCCAAUGAAGGGUACGCAAUUGCGGCAGGUGUGCACGGAGAUGCUCAACCGUGAGUUGACACGCAUUAAAGCCCUUCCCAUGGGCUUGCAGGGAUCUCGUGGAGUUGAGAUCGAGUGUGGCCGCAUUGAACAAAAUGCCAGUCUCCUGUUCGACAAAUUGGAGGUUGCAAACGACAAAGCUAUUCAGCAAUCCACUGCCGCACUAAACAAUGUGGUUCGUGCAGCCAAAGCGCAGAUGAGCUCCGAGUUGCACGACAACCUGGAUAAACGAUUUGCAGCGAUGUGUCCUGUGACGGUCACCAAGCUGCAAAAUGAGGUAGGUGUUAUUUUUGCUAGGGUGAUGAAAGAAGUGGCACAAAAGGCUGGCGACGUUAGCGAAUUUAGCGUAUCCGACUUGCAUGCCGAUCUUGAGCACCACAAGGCUCAGUUGGCGGACGAGAUGAAUCGACGGUAUGUACUCGAAAUGCGCCAGAUUCUGAACGAGAUCAGCUAUGCGGCUCGGGAGGACUUGGGAAAGCAGGUCAGUUACCGUCUUGACGGGAACUUGCCGAUGCUGGAAGAAGAAAUCAAGGCUGCCAUUGAUAGUGCAGUUGCACAUGUAAAAGGCACCAUGGCAGACAAGCUUCAAGGGUGGACGAUUCUUAAGAGUGAUCUUGAGACGAAGAGCAUAGAGCUAGAGAAACUCGGCGAUGACUUUGCGGAUAAGUACCUGCAUCGAAAUCACCAAUUGGAGAAGGAUGCUGGUGUCCGCAAGGAAACUGAGCAGUACGAGAAGCUGCGAGUUGACGUAACUAAGGCGUUCGAGUUGAAGCUCCAGGAAGUUGGUUUUCCAACAACGGACGAUGCGAUCGAUUCGAUGUUUCGUUUUGUCCUGCAAGAUCAUGCCGCCAAGUUCCUGUCAAGUGUAGCGGAUCGUGAUGCCACCAAGUUUACUGCAAAGAGCCUCCGCGAGAUUCUCACGAGUGAUUGCAGGCCAGCCGUGGACAAUCAAAAGAUGCUCAACCGGCUUGCGAUCGAAAAGAAGGAAGCAUUGGAUAUAGCAGAGAAAGAAAGACGUAUGCGCGAGAGAGAGCGGCUAGCUGCAGAGCAGAAGGAGAAAGAAAUCAACCGCCUGAAGAGUGACCACUCGAAAUGGCUUGGCGAAAGGGAGAACGAGUCGAAACGUCUUCGUGACAAGCUACAAGAAGAGGAGGGCAAAGCUCGUGAGCUGCGGCAACGUGUGGAAGAGAUGCAGUUACAAACAGCUCGAAUGGAACGACAGAAACAGGAGGAGCAACUUUGUUCGAUAGAGAAGUCUCGCCACGAGACGAAGGUGAAGGAGGAAGAGAAAGCGCGACUGCAGCGUGAGCUGGACGAGAUGAAGCAUAGGGCUGCUGAAGUGGAGGCUCAGAAGCGUCAGCUUGAGGUGCAGGUGAUGUCCGAGGCGAAGAAGAACGUUGAAGCCGAAGAGUUGAGACGGCAGCUGGAGGAGAUGAGGCACACGAUUGUGCAAAAGGAGGAAGAACGCAUCAGCAUGGAGCUGCAAAUUCAACAAGAGAAGGCGUCACGCGAGCACGCGGAAUUCGCUGCACAGCAAGCAGCAAACGCAGCAGAAGUAGCUGCCCGGGCUGCAAUUGAAGCUGGUCGGCGCCAACCAGCUCCAUGUAGCACGGACGAAACUGGACGUAAGAGACCUUUAGCCAGCAGUGAAUCGGAUGAUGUGGAGAUGGAGGACGUGUCUCAGUCGCGACUGCGAACUCCUGGUCGUGCUGCCACAUCCAAGUCCUCUCCGGCUGCCAAGAAGCCUCGCGGACCAAACAAGGCAAGUGCAGCUCAUGCAAAAGGAGGUAGGCAGAAGAUGUCAUUGGCGGAGGCGCGUAAGGCCGCUCAAGAAGAAGUCGAGAAACGAAUUCACGACCGUGCGAAGCUACUUUCGUCAGCGAAGAAGAAGAAAUGA